CAUCUUUAUUGACAGCGGAAGUGGUUCUUGAGAGGGAAGGAACAACACACGUGUAUUCCUCAAUCUGAAGGUUAAAUAAGCCGGUGGUCGGGUGUGUUUGUUGGCCGCUGAGAGUGGUCGUUUGGACGGUUCGAUUUUGGAGAGAGUACGGUCUGGAGCGGACACAACGCAGACAUGGACCCAGAGAAAGCACAGCAACUGGCGGCGGAACUAGAAGUGGAAAUGAUGGCUGAUAUGUACAAUCGGAUGACCAACGCGUGCCACAGGAAGUGCGUGCCCCCCCACUACAAGGAGGCAGAGCUGUCUAAAGGGGAGGCGGUCUGUCUGGACCGCUGUGUGGCCAAGUACCUGGAUCUACACGAGAGGCUGGGCCGCAAGCUCACCGAGCUCUCCGUUCAGGACGAGGAGAUGAUGAGGAAGAACGCUAUUGGACAAUAAUAUAUAUAUAUAUUUUUAGGGAAGGAUGGGGGUGGGUUAGUGCUAGGGUUACCAUGCUUUCUGUGCGGAGGGAUAGAGAGAGGGAGCGAUAGGGUAGGAUGGAGCGAUGGGGUGGGUUUAAUAAACGUAUGGCUCUUAUGGAGGGGAUGGAGUUGCCGUCCAGAGUGGGUUGGGUGUGUUUAAAGAGCAAGAUGCUUGAAAGGAAGGUUUGUGAUUACGGUGUGGAGCGGAAAUUGGGAUGGAUGAAGCCUGUUUUGUGUGAACAGUGGUUGUACUUGUGGUUUGAGCCAAGAUCUUUUUUUUUUACCACAGCAAAGACACUAAUGUGCAUAGUUAACUGUUUUCUGUUCAGCCAAUCAGUGCUCUCUCAGCAUUGUGUGUGUAGCCCUUUUUAGUUAUGUGGGCGUGUCAGAAGUGAUGAUGAAUUGAGAAAUCCCCCAAUAAUGUUUAACAAAAUGCUUUCAUUGUUCCAUAGUGCAGUAUUCUUCAAGCCAAACCAUUAGGAGAUGCUCCUUUCUGCUCUAGCCCUGGACUAAUACACCUGUCUCAAAUGAUGAAGGACACCCGUUGGGCUCAUAUCAGUGUCUCGGAGUAGGAGUGCUGAUCUAGGCUUUAUGAGUACGGGCCCUUGUCCCGUAGGAAUAGAUGGAGACACUGCUGUAGUCAAAACGAGGACCAUGCCUAUCUGACUGUCAUUUCUUUACAUUUUGAUCAGUCUCAGUUUGUUCAUUUGGCUUUGUAUUUUCUUCAUGUUGAAACUGUGCUAAUGUUGUACAAAGUUUUCUUUUGUGACAUUUUAAAAACCUUUUUUUGUUUUAAAUCUGAAUAAAUAUUGUUAUAGUAUAUAUUUUAGUUUUUAGUUAUACAUUCUACACUGUAUUUUCUUCACAGUAAUACAAUAACACUGUACUUAUAAUUAUGUUCCAAAUGGCACCCUUUUUCCUAUGUAGUGCACUAUUUUUGACCAGAGCACACUGGUCCUUGGUCAGAAGUAGUGCACUAUAUAGGGAAUAGGGUACCGUUUGGGAUGUAUUAGCCUUAUUCAAUGUUAAA